AUGCGGGUCUUUCUCCCGAGGGCGGCUUCGGGGCGGCGCGGCGGGGACCCCGGGCUCCGGUCCCCCAGCCCGGCUCGUCCGGAGCGGCCGGCCCGGCUCCUCGGUCACCGCGCAGCGCGCGCGCCGCCGGACCCAGCGUCCCCGCCGUGGUCCCCGCCGUGGUCCCCGCCGUGGUCCCCGCGGUCCCCGCGGGAAGGUCCCGGCGCUGGAGGCACGCGGCCCCGCUCCCCGCCGCCCGCGCGCCCGCGCCCCCGCGGCCCCGAGGAGGCGGAGGAGAAGGAGGCGGCGGCGGCGCGCGCCCGGGCGCUGCGGGGUCCCGGAGAAGUUUGCUGGCCCGGAACCAAGGCGCCGCCGCCGGCGGCACGCAGCUCGUCCGAGACCGGCCCCGCGGAGGUUACGGAGGGGACGUGCGGAAUGUCGGGGGGCGAGGGGCUGGGGCCCAGGCCGGGCGGCAGGGGCCCCAGGGGCUCAGGGAGGCACCGACUAGUGACAGGGUGCAGAGGAGCAGGGGACCGGAACACAGGCCAGCCUCGGGGCACAGUGGGCUGGGGGUAA